AUGAUGAUGGUGGGUGGUGAUGAUGAUGGUAGCAAUGAUGAUGGUGGUAGUAAUGAUGGUAGUGAUGAUGAUGGCAGUGAUGAUGAUGGUAGUGAUAAUGGUGGCAGUGAUGAUGAUGGUAGUGAUGAUGAUGGUAGUGAUAAUGGUGGCAGUGAUGAUGAUGAUAGUGAUGAUGAUGGUAGUGAUAAUGGUGGCAGUGAUGAUGAUGGUAGUGAUGAUGAUGGUAGUGAUAAUGGUGGUAGUGAUGAUGAUGGUAGUGAUGGUGAUGGUAGUGAUGGUGGUGGGUGGUGAUCAUGAUGAAGGUAGUGAUGAUGGUGGUUCUUGUAUUUUGAGUGCUUAAAUGCUUAAAGUUUAGGUGGUAAUGAUGGUGGUAGUAAUGAUGGUAUAGUUAUUAUGGUGGUAGUGAUGAUGGUGGUAGUGAUGAUGGUGGUGGGUGCUGAUAAUGAUAAUGAUAAUGGUGAUGAUGGUGGUUCUUGUAUUUUGGGUGCUUAG